AUGCGCGGCCCCCCGGCUUGGCCGCUGCGACUGCUCCUGAGGCGCGGCACAGCCGCCCGCUCCCCCGAGACCCAGACGCUGUCGACGCACCCGGCGUUUGCGAGGCCUGGGGGCGUGGAGCCGGCGCUGCUAGCGGGUGGCUGGGCCUCGCGAGCCCCGCGGCGAUGGGCGGGCGGGGGUCCCGGCGGCCCCGGCGGGGGUCCCGGCGGCCCCGCGGCCGGCACGGGCCUGGCGCGUCUCCUGGCGCUCUGGGCACGUACCCCCGGGCUGUCUAGGUGCUGGGCGCUCUCCGGGCCCGUCUCCUCCAGGCUCCCGCGCUCCGCGCUUCCUGGCUGCUCGACCUUGGUCGCGCGGGCCGCGGGGGAGGCUUGGCGGCGCGGGCCGGCCUUGCCUGCGGCCGCGGCGACUCCCGAUCGUGACCCGGCCUGGCCCUCAGCGGCCAGGCGCUCGGAGGCGCAGAAGCUCCUGAGCCUGGCGCAGCCCGAGCGCCGGAGGCUGGCAGCUGCAGUUGGAUUUCUGGCGGUGUCCAGUGUCAUCACCAUGUCCGCCCCCUUCUUCCUGGGGAAGAUCAUCGACGUCAUCUACACAGACCCCUCUGCAGACUGCAGCUCCAGCCUGACCCGCCUCUGCCUGGCGCUCGGAGGCGUGUUUCUGUGCGGCGCCGUGGCCAAUGCCGUCCGUGUCUACCUCAUGCAGACGUCAGGUCAGCGCAUCGUGAAUAGGUUGAGAGCUUCGCUCUUCUCCUCAGUGCUGAGACAGGAGGUGGCUUUCUUUGACAAGACACGCACAGGAGAGCUUAUCAACCGUCUGUCCGCAGACGCAGCCCUCCUGGGGCGCUCAGUGACGGAGAACCUCUCAGACGGGCUCAGGGCUGGAGCACAGGCUUCGGUUGGCAUCGGCAUGAUGUUUUUUGUCUCCCCUAAACUGGCCACUUUUGUUCUGAGCGUGGUGCCUCCAGUAUCCAUCAUCGCAGUGCUUUAUGGUCGAUACCUCCGGAAACUGACCAAGGUCACUCAGGACUCCCUGGCACAAGCCACUCAGCUAGCCGAGGAACGUAUUGGAAACAUAAGAACUGUUCGAGCUUUUGGGAAAGAAAUGACUGAAAUAGAGAAAUACACCAGCAAAGUGGACCAUGUGAUGCAGUUAGCAAGGAAAGAGGCAUUUGCUCGGGCUGGCUUCUUUGGAGCAACUGGGCUCUCUGGGAACCUGAUCGUGCUUUCUGUCCUGUACAAAGGAGGGCUGCUGAUGGGCAGUGCCCACAUGACAGUGGGCGAACUCUCCUCCUUCCUAAUGUAUGCUUUCUGGGUUGGAAUAAGCGUUGGAGGUCUCAGCUCCUUCUACUCAGAGCUAAUGAAGGGACUGGGUGCCGGAAGCCGCCUCUGGGAGCUCCUCGAGAGAGAACCUGAGCUUCCUUUCAAUGAGGGGGCUGUUUUGAAUGAGAAAAACUUCCAGGGCGCUUUGGAGUUCAAGAACGUGCAUUUCGCCUAUCCAGCUCGCCCAGAGGUGCCCAUAUUCCAGGAUUUCAGCCUUUCCAUCCCAUCAGGAUCUGUCACAGCACUGGUUGGCCCAAGUGGUGCUGGCAAAUCCACGGUGAUUUCCCUCCUGCUGAGACUGUAUGACCCUGUCUCUGGAACAAUCAGCCUGGAUGGCCACGACAUCCGUCAGCUAAACCCAGUCUGGUUGAGAUCCAAGAUUGGGACAGUGAGUCAGGAGCCAAUUUUGUUUUCUUGCUCCAUUGCGGAGAACAUUGCAUAUGGUGCAGACGACCCCGCCUCAGUGACCACUGCGCAGAUAGAGCAGGCAGCCGCUGUAGCCAAUGCAGCUGCUUUCAUCCAAAAUUUCCCUCAAGGAUUCAACACUGUGGUCGGAGAAAAGGGUGUUCUCCUCUCAGGUGGGCAGAAACAGCGAAUUGCAAUUGCCCGUGCUCUGCUUAAGAAUCCCAAAAUUCUUCUCCUAGAUGAAGCAACCAGCGCACUGGAUGCUGAGAACGAGCACCUUGUACAGCAAGCCCUGGACCGACUGAUGGAAGGAAGGACAGUGCUCAUCAUUGCCCACCGUCUGUCCACGAUUAAGAACGCCAGCAUGGUAGCUGUCCUUGACCUGGGGAGAAUCAUCGAGUGUGGGAAACAUGAAGAGCUGCUUUUGAAACCAGAUGGGAUGUACAGGAAAUUAAUGAACAAACAGAGUUUUGUUUCAGCAUAA